AUGAUAGCCAUCUCAGAACCGGCAGUGAAAGAGGGGACUUAUCUCUGGCUGCCAGGCGGUCCUGGGUACUGCAAAAAGCAACAUGACUUAGGCUGGUGCCCACCUGACUCCUGCACCCACACCUGCCCUGAGGUCACAGACAUAUCUAAGGCUGCUUCUGCAGUUGGCAUGGCCCUCUCCCCAGGUGCACCAGCCGUGAUGCAGCAGCUGCGAGUGGAGACAGAUGCCAUCGGGGCCGGUGAGGGGCCGCAGCGGGCGGUGCCCUGGUCGGCCUGGGUCACGCGACAGCAUUGGCUGCGCUGGUGCGCGUCCCACGUGCCCCAGAGCUGGACCCAGUGGUGGGCCACAUCAAGCUGGCGGCAACCGCUGCAGCGUGUACUUUGGGGUCUGGAGGGGAUCUUAUACCUGUUGCUGGCACUGAUGCUGUGUCAUGCGCUCUUCACCACCGGAUCCCACCUGCUGAGCUCCCUGUGGCCUGUCGUGGCUGCAGUGUGGCGACAUCUGUUGCCUGCCGUCCUGCUGCUGGUGCUCAGCGCCCUCCCGGCCCUGCUCUUCACUGCCUCCUUCCUGCUGCUAUUUUCCACUCUGCUAAGCCUGGUGGGCCUCCUCACCUCCAUGUCUCACAGGGGCCAUGCUCAAGACUUGGACCAAUAG